AUGCCUCACUUCACCCUUUACCAGUCUAACACCGGCACCAACGGCUGGUGCGUUACAUUGCACGCCACGAAGAUCGCCAUGGUGCUCGAAGAGCUCGGUCUCGAAUAUCACGCUAUUUUCCUCGACCUGGACAAAGGCGAGCAGAGAAACCCUGAGCACACGAAGUUCAACCCCAACGGACGCAUUCCAACGCUCAUCGAUCACGAGAACAACGACUUCAUCAUCUGGGAGUCCAACGCGAUCGUCACGUACCUCGUGGACAAGUACGACCCCGAGGGCAAGGUGUCGCCGAAGACCUUCGAGGGCAAGAUCACGCAGCUGCAAUGGCUCCUGUUCCAGGCGUCCGGACAAGGGCCCUACUUCGGCCAGGCCGUUUGGUUCAUCCGCUCCCAUCCUGAGAAGAUCCCCAGCGCGAUCGAACGGUACCAGAAGGAGACCCUGCGCGUGUUCAGCGUCCUCGAAAGCGUGCUCUCCAAGCAGGAGUGGCUCCUCGGCGACAAGUUCACCGUCGCGGACCUGAGCUUCAUCCCGUGGAACAUUAUUGCCGUCGACGGACUUAUCUUGCGCGACUACGAGGGAUUCGACUUCGCGAAGGACUUCCCUUCGGUCCACAAGUGGCACCAGGCGAUGAUGAACCGCCCGGCGGUCAAGAAGAUUGACGACCUCAGGAAGGCCCUCCGGGACGCGUGA